UUUAGACAUUAAAAUUUAAUUCGGUUAGCGAUCAAACCAGAAUAAACAACCCAUUGGUUAUAAUUAAUCAAACCUAUCGGUGCGAAUUUUUUUUUUGAAAAAAAUAAUCGAACGGAACUGAAAUUGGUCGGUUCGCUUUGAUUCUCGGAUGAGACCCGAAUAUUGCUCGCCCCCUACUCCCAUGGAAUUUACGCAUGAAGUUGUGGUCUUGUUACAGAUAUUCAUUUAUGGGCAUUAACUGGCGGUGGAGGUGGUGGUUGCUGGUACUGGGAGUGGCCGUGAUAGUCGCCAAAGAUGCUAAAGCGGAAGAGCCACUCGUUACUCGAAUUGCUUUUGGAUCAUGCGCCAACCAAAGCGCUCCUCAGCCUAUCUGGAAUGCAGUAAUUGAGUUUGAUCCUCAGCUUUUUAUAUGGCUGGGUGACAACAUUUAUGGAGACAUUAGGCGCCCUUUUAAAUUAUUUGGCAAGGAAAGGACCAUUGGUCCAUGGAAGAAUGUUCCCAGGUUUGUUCCUUCCUCCGAGCAGGAAAUGGAGUCCAGAUACCUCAAAGCUAAGACUAAUCCUGGCUAUUCUCGUCUUCGACAAACUGCUAAGGUAAUUGGCACCUGGGAUGAUCAUGAUUAUGGAUUAAAUGAUGCGGGGAAAGAAUUUGGUCGAAAGGUUACUAACCAGAGGCUUCUUCUUGAUUUCUUAGAUGAACCUCAAGACAGUCCACGGCGCAAACAAGAUGGUGUCUAUGCAUCCUAUACUUUUGGCCCUAUGAGCAGACAAAUUAAGAUUAUUCUCUUAGAUACGAGAUACCACAGAGACCCUUUGCGUAGUGAUGGAAGUAUGCUGGGGAUUUCUCAAUGGACAUGGCUAGAAAAAGAGUUGAAUGGACCAAAAACAGCAAUUACCAUAAUUGGAUCUUCUGUUCAGGUUAUAUCAAAUCUUUCAGCAACCACUGGUCCAUUGUUUUAUUUGGAGUCUUGGGGACGUUUCCCAAAGGAGAGGAAUCGCCUAUUUAAGUUGAUAUUAGAUAGUAAGAGAGAAGGAAUUUUUUUCAUUAGUGGAGAUGUUCAUUUUGGAGAAAUCUCGCGCUACGACUGUGCCACAGGAUAUCCGCUGUAUGACGUGACAUCAAGUGGACUAACCCAAGCAGUUGAGAAGGUAGUCCCAUCUCCAUUGAGUUUCAUAGUGAGGGUUGUAGCUUGGUUGACACCAACAACAAUGAGAGUAAUGAGCAAAAACUGCAGAUUCAGGUCAUGUACUUAUGGCCAACCCAAUUUUGGAGCAAUUGAAAUAGAUUGGAGUGCAACUCCUAUGACCUUGAAGCUUGAAGUGAGGGAUGUGAAUGGAUAUCCGGUCACUAGUGUAAAGUUUCCAUUGUUGGAACUGCAAUCACAUAGCAUGAACUCUACAGCAUCCAGUAAAGUAGAACACCAAAGGCACUGCUCUCUUGAAGUAAAGUUGCCAUGGCUUGUAAGAUAUCGCCUGGCAAUUUUAUUUUAUGUCACAUUGGCCGUGUUGCUUCUUGCUGUGAUAGGAUUCUUGUAUGCAGUUAUAUCAGCCUGCAGGCUAUGCUUCUGCAAACGGAAGCUUGAUUGACCAUAAUAUUUUGAUGUUCAAAUUAAGUUUUAGCACUCAUAAUUUCCUCAUCUGAAGCCAGUUUCUGCCUCAUUAAUUUGGAACCUUUUUUUCUGGAUAGAUUUAAAUCUGUUUUUGCUAGUUCCACCGGAUGGCGUGCAUUUUAGAAGUCCAGGGGAAACAUUGCCAAUGGUCCUCUCAUGCGUCUCGUCUCCACUCUAGUUUGAUUGUGGUGGUCAUCAGUUUAUAUGGUGCGGCAUGAGAUGAGAUAGUGGUUGUAAGAAUGUGUAUAUUUGCAUAAUUACAGAAUUUUUUAUUCCAGCAACAAAAUCAUCUCUGCUGCUAAUUAGUUAAACAGGCAGGUUUUAUUAGGGGACAGCUCAUGAUGUUCAUACUGAUCCAUUAUGCACUUCUGCAUCUAGCAUUGGGUAGACUUCAGCAGUGGGAAUUUUAUUUUCUUGAUUAAAGAAUUCUCAUUUAUCCUUAA